GAAGUGCCUACGGAGGCCGGGCGGGCGGCUGGGCAGGGGCCGGGCAUGCAGCCGGGCGGCGGCCGGAGCGCGGGCGGCGAUGAGCGACAUAGUAGAGAAGACGCUGACGGCCCUGCCGGGACUCUUCCUGCAGAACCAGCCGGUUGGAGGGGCGGGGGCCGCCAAGGCGUUCUCUUCGCGUUUGGGCAGCCUUGUCCGCGGCAUCACCGCGCUCACCUCCAAGCACGAGGAAGAGAAAUUAAUCCAACAGGAAUUGAGUAAUCUGAAAGCCAUGGUUUCUGCUCCUUCUACGACCCUGAAAAUGAUGAAGGAAUGCAUGGUGAGACUUAUAUAUUGUGAAAUGCUUGGAUAUGAUGCAUCUUUUGGCUAUAUACAUGCAAUCAAAUUGGCACAACAAGGAAAUCUUUUAGAAAAAAGAGUAGGUUAUUUGGCUGUAUCUUUAUUUCUACAUGAAAGUCAUGAACUGCUGCUUCUCCUUGUGAACACAGUUGUAAAGGACUUGCAGAGCACUAAUCUGGUAGAAGUAUGUAUGGCACUUACUAUCGUCAGCCAGAUUUUCCCUCAAGAAAUGAUUCCUGCUGUUCUACCAUUAAUAGAAGAUAAGCUUACACAUUCUAAGGAGAUUAUACGAAGAAAAGCUGUCCUGGCAUUAUAUAAAUUCCUUCUUAUCGCUCCUAAUCAAGUACAGCAUAUCCACAUUAAGUUUCGGAAAGCGCUUUGUGACAGAGAUGUUGGGGUCAUGGCUGCUUCCUUGCACAUAUACCUUCGGAUAAUUAAGGAGAACUCAUCUGGAUAUAAAGACUUGACUGGGAGUUUUGUAACAAUUUUGAAGCAAGUAGUUGGAGGCAAGCUCCCAGUAGAUUUCAAUUACCACAGUGUGCCAGCACCAUGGUUACAAAUUCAGCUCUUGAGAAUACUAGGACUUCUAGGAAAAGAUGAUCAAAGGACAAGUGAAUUAAUGUAUGAUGUUCUUGAUGAAUCCUUACGAAGAGCCGAAUUAAAUCACAAUGUCACAUAUGCUAUUCUAUUUGAAUGUGUGCAUACAGUCUAUUCUAUUUACCCAAAAUCUGAAUUACUUGAGAAGGCUGCCAAGUGCAUUGGAAAAUUUGUUCUGUCACCUAAAAUAAAUCUUAAAUAUUUAGGUCUGAAGGCUCUUACCUAUGUUAUUCAACAGGAUCCUACUCUAGCUCUUCAACACCAGAUGACAAUAAUUGAAUGUUUAGACCAUCCUGAUCCCAUUAUUAAAAGAGAGACACUGGAACUUCUUUAUAGAAUUACUAAUUCACAGAAUAUAACAGUGAUUGUCCAGAAAAUGCUUGAAUAUCUACAUCAGAGCAAAGAAGAGUAUAUUAUUGUUAAUUUGGUUGGCAAAAUAGCUGAACUGGCUGAGAAAUAUGCUCCUGAUAAUGCGUGGUUUAUUCAGACAAUGAAUGCUGUGUUUUCAGUAGGAGGAGAUGUAAUGCAUCCUGAUAUUCCCAAUAAUUUUCUUAGACUACUAGCAGAAGGUUUUGAUGAUGAAACAGAAGAUCAACAAUUAAGACUUUAUGCAGUUCAGUCUUACCUCACUUUAUUAGAUGUGGAAAAUGUGUUCUAUCCACAGAGAUUUCUUCAAGUUAUGAGUUGGGUUUUAGGGGAAUAUUCCUACCUUGCAGAUAAGGAAACACCAGAGGAAGUUAUUACCAAGCUCUAUAAAUUACUCACAAAUGACUCCAUUUCUUCAGAAACAAAAGCCUGGUUAAUUGCUGCUGUGAUCAAGUUGACACCCCAAGUGCAUUCUUGUAACAUAGUUGAGAGAUUAAUCCAGGAAUUUACUGUAUCUUUAGAUACUUGUAUGAGACAGCAUGCUUUUGAAUUAAAAUAUUUGCACGAGAAUGUUGAACUUAUGAAGAGCCUGUUUCCAGUUGAUAAAAGUUGUGACGAUAUGGUGGUAGAUGCUUCCCUAUCUUUUCUGGAUGGUUUUGUGGCUGAGGAACUCAGUCAGGGGGCAGCACCUUACAAACCUCACCACCAAAGGCAGGAGGAAAAGCUUUCUCAGGAAAAAGUUCUCAAUUUUGAACCAUAUGGACUCUCUUUUUCUUCAUCUGGCUUCACUGGACGACAGUCUCCUGCUGGCAUUUCUCUUGGUUCAGAUAUAUCUGGGAAUAGUGCAGAGACAGGAUUGAAAGAGACAAAUAGCUUGAAGCUGGAAGGCAUAAAGAAAUUAUGGGGGAAAGAGGGCUAUUUACCCAAGAAGGAAAAUAAAACUGGUGAUGAAACUGAAGCUCCAACUAUUCCUCAGGAGAGUAUAAUAAUGGAAAAUGUAGAUCAAACUGUAACAAAAAAGGAUCAAUCUCAACUACUUACGCAAUCUAAAGAAGAGAAAGAAAAGUAUCUUUUGGCAUCAUCAUUAUUUGUUGGCUUGGGAUCAGAAAGUACAGUUAGUUUGCUAGGAAAAACAGAUACCACUCCUCACAAGUUCAAAAGGAAAUCAAAAGUCAAGGAAACCAAAACUGAAGAAACAACCAGUGCUCAGAAUACAAUCUGUUCUUCCUUCAGUUCUUCGUCAGAUGUGACUUAUGAAGAAGGUUAUUGUUUGGAUAAUUUUCCAGACAGAGACAAAGAUUUAAAGAAAUUUCCUCUCAAUUCAGAAUUUUUAGAUUCUGAGUCACUCACAGAACUACCUUUGGUUGAAAAACUCUCAAAUUGUAGGCUUUCUACACCUUCGUUAUUUGCUGAUAGUAACAUGGAAGUUUUUCACCCUCCUGAAUCCACUGCAAUUGCCAGUGAGAUUGCUUUAGCUUCUUCUUUGUUGGAAGAAGGAACUGAACACAUGUAUUCAGAUCUUAUGGAAGUGUGUAAUAAUGAAACCAUAUCAGUAUCGUCUUACAAAAUUUGGAAAGAUGACUGUUUACUGAUGGUCUGGUCACUUUCAAAUAAAAGUGGUUUAAAGUUGGAAAGUGCUAACUUAGAAAUUUCUCCUGCAGAAAAUUUCAAGGUCACUGAGCAACCUGCAUGCUACUUGCCUGUGAGAGAAGCAGAAAGCAUCAAAAGCUUUCAGUAUUGUGUGCAGAUGGAAAAACCUUUUACAGAAGGGAAUCUUUCUGGUUUUAUAAAUUAUCAAAUGAUGGAUGCUCAUUCUGUUCAGCUUGAAUUUUCAGUAAACUUAUCACUGUUAGAUUUCAUUAGACCAUUAAAAAUCUCAACUGAAGACUUUGGCAAAAUGUGGUUAUCCUUUGCAAAUGAUGUGAAGCAAAAUGUAAAAAUGUCAGAAUCUCAAGCUACUCUGCCUUCUGCCCUAAAGACCUUACAACAGAAAUUAAGACUUCAUGUUGUUGACAUUAUCGGUAAUGAAGGGCUUCUGGCCUGUCAGCUGCUCCCAUCCAUCCCCUGCUUGCUGCAUUUCCGAGUUCAUGCUGAUGUAUUAGCCUUGUGGUUCAGAUCUUCCUGCUCUACUCUUCCUGACUACUUACUCUAUCAGUGUCAAAAGGUGAUAGAGGGAUCCUAGCAGAAAUUCUGCUUAUAUUUUAUUCUAUAAAAGUAAAUGGUUUACAUAGAUAAACUUAUUUACCAAAGUAAAAAGAGCUCAUGGUACUGCUUGUGAAAAUGGGGAUAAAUACAAAUUGUGCUUUUAAGUGUUUUCUUUGAUUUUUGGUCAAGAAAGAUCCCCAAAAAAGUGUAUCCCUAAUCUUUUACUCAGGAUUGUACAGUAUGUUUGGGUCCCAAAAAAGUACCUAAACUAAUGUUAUAAACUAUUAUUGUUUAUAUAUCGCUUAGUGAAGAGGGACUAAAAAUAAUUUAUUUUGUUACAAAUUUUAUAGCAAAUUUAUCCUAGUGCUAGCUGAUCUGUAGUGAAGCCAAGUCUUAGUUCUGUGCAUUAGUGAAAGAUAAACAUGGAAUUGAUAAUCCCAAAAUGAAUUUGUAUUGGAUUUUUGAAUGUGGUAUAUGCUUUUUGGUAGAAAGUAUUACUUAUGUUUUGUUUAAAUCAGUGUUGAAUUAUGUUGGCACAGCACACACUACUAGUAGUUCAGGAAAUCUAUGAGCAAGCUGGAUAUUUGGAGAAAACCAGUCUGAUACAGCUUUUAUACCUUAUUACACAUUGUUACAGAUAAUUUGCCUAUGAAAUGUGUUUCCCACUUAUAUUUAUUUUUUUUAAUCAAAGUGAACUACUAUGUUUUUACUUAAAGCCAUUUAUGAAAUACUAUCAUAAAGAAACACAACCCUGAAGAACACACAAUACUAAAGCAAACAGAUAGAAAAGAACUUUUACAUUAAGUCAGAUCCUUGCCACUUAGGUCCUUUUGGCAAAUUAAAAUUUGUGAUUACAAUAUAAGUGGCCAAACACUGUCUUGGCUUUUGAAUCUAAUAUUCAUUGGAUACCACUGAAGUAACUAAGUAUAUCACAGUAAAAUAUAUCAAUUUCCUGUUUUAGUUGCAUUGACAUGGCCUCUGUCAAAAUUGUCAGUGGCAAGAAUAAAGAGUAAGCUAAUAUGCAUGGUGCACCACAGGCUCGAGGUUAUGCAUUUAAUGUUAAAAACUGAAAUAGUAUUUUAUAAAACCUUAUGGUGCUGUGGAAAAUACUCACUUUUUCUGAUACUUCACCAUGGAGUCUAUUCAGGUAAUACAGUUUUAAGUGAUUACAUUUAAUGCUUUGGUUAAUUGGUACUGUUUGUCACCCAGGUGAAUUCUACUUUUAGGUUAUCUCAUUAAUCAUAUCUGAUGAAGAUGGUAAGGGAAUUUUCCAAAGCUGAUAUGAAAAUAUACAGUAAAAUCUUGCUAUAAGAGCAGUGAUAAGUGAUUGGAAUUUCCUGCAUAGUAGGUUUCUCCUUUUGAAUAGAAGAUCUCCAUCCUGAGGCUCCCAACAGUGUCAUGGUAAAGGGAAUGUGCUGUUUCUGUGGUGGACUCUGGUGGCUGACCUUACCAACUUCCUCUCUAUUCCUACCUCUGUCAGUGCAUCCCCAACCCACCUGAUUUUGCUGCUACUUUGACAAAGAGCUAGGACACGUUUUCUCAUUUUUUUAAAGGUUGUAGCUUGUGGCAAAGGAUGUGCUCCACUUUUUUGUGUCCUUACUCGCCUGUGUUUGCGUGAAGACUGGGUUGAGUGGGGAGCAGUGAUUGUAAGGUGUCCAGCAAACAGAUGGAUAGUUAUUUGGGAGAGAUCACAAAAAGCUGUUUGGUAUUCAGUAGGGGCAGCAGUGUUUGUCAGAGAGAUUGUUGGCCUACAGAAUUGUCUAUAAAGUUGGGAGACAUGUAAUGGUAGGGUAGGAUGGAAGCAAGGUUUUAGGUCUGCUAAAGAGAACGUGGUAUCAUUUUUGUUCUUUUUGAACUCACUAAAUAAAAAUAGAGUAAUGAUUUCUACUGAAAUGUUUAGUAGAAUGUUUACAACUUUUAUAUUUUUAUGAUUUUAGAAACAAUAGUAAUAGAAAAAGGUAAAUUUUAAAGAACCACGGGGCAGUAGAUUCUGCUUAAACUAAUUCGAUGUUUUAAAAACUCUAAAUCAGGUAUCUCCAACCUUAUUUGCAUUAUAGAGAUGGGGCUGUGAAGUAGGAAGAAUGAUUUUUAUGAGUAGAUCAACUUUUUAUCAUAACAUGGUCAACUGUAAAGGGCGAUGGCUGGAGUAAGAGUUACGGAGGAAUACUCAGCUAUGUGAGUUCUGUGCUAGGCAUUUUGCUGAGAAUGGAGGUGGCAGCAAGUAUAAAUCUGUAGAAGAGUGAGGAGAGGGCAGGAAUGCCUAAAGGCUAGGUGAAGCAAGAAGGAUAAGCCUCCCGCCAGAAUAGCCCUGUGGAGAUCAGCCAGCAGGGAAGUGGCCUUGAGGAAGGGUUCUUCUAAAGAACUGCAGGUAGAAACUGAGCAAUCACAAGUGCGAAUGUGCCAAGCAUGCCAAGCACACAGCAUGUGCUCUGCACAGGAACGUUAUUUUGAAUGAUAUUGUCAACUACCAAAAUAUUUGCGCUGAAAAUACAGUAUUUUUGUUUUAUUUCAUGUCAGUAAUAUUUUAAAAUAUUGAACUAUUUGUCUUAUAUUUUUGUAGAUAAAUGUGGUCUUUGUCUUAUGAUUGUGAGCCUCUGAAAGUGUACUGAGCCUAUAUACAUGUGUUUAAGGUAUCUUGCUGUGUUAAAAUUUUAGGAGGGAAAAAUGAAAGUGAAUAACAACUUAAAAGGCAUUAAUUACCUUAUUUUGCAGUUGAAUUCUAUAAUUGAAAAAAACUCAGUUAAACCCAUAAUAAAUACAAAAU